AUGACACCAAAGGAACAAUAUCGAACCCUCGUUAAAUUUCUCAAGCAAGUGUUCUUCAGGAAUCUGNUCUUCGCACCCUCACAUCUACUCGCCACAUUCCCUUUCGCCGCAUCGAACGCACUCGUUGUUGAUAUCGGAUUCAAAGAGGCUCUUGUCAUACCGAUUCUCGAGGGAGUGACGGUGUUGAGCAAUUGGGAGGUGUCAUCGGUGGGUGCGGGACGACUCGAGCAAAGGGUCUUAGAAUUGUUACAUAAGCAUGGAAAGGUGAUCACAGCGGAUGGAACGGAGCGUGAAGUGAAUGAAAAGGAUGACAUAUUGUUGGAAAACAACAGCAUUCUAGAAGAUAUCGUUGUAAGGUUUUGUUUUGCUACGAAAAUGGAUCGUGGUCUACAAAUACAAGCUGCAGAUUAUAAUAUUGAAGGCGAUAUACCGCCACCACCAUGCGGUCUCAGCCUUCCACUUGGUGAUGAAAUGCUUCACAUUCCUGGGGUAAUCAGAGAGUGGGCAGCUGAAGUGUUGUUCGAAUGGAAUGAUAACGAUAAGUCACUUCCGCAAUUAAUAUUGGAUUCAAUCUAUCGGGUAGAAUAA